AUGCCUACAUGUGCGCCAUCUCAGAGUACGCAUGUGCAGACUGGCCAGUCAAUCCGCGGAACUUUCACUCACUCGUUCCUGCUUCUCCUCGUCUGCCAGUCGGUUUGGCCAUUUCACUUCACAAUCUCUACUCCCCUCGUCCACCCUCGUCAACCCUUUGCGGACCCUUGCCUUCUCUUCUGCCUUCUCCUUCGCUGUUCCACCCUAACCAACCAACCGGAGCCAAGUGCCCCCCGAAACAUGCGGCUGGCAACAUCACUCGGCACGGCAACUCGCCCCCACACCCCCUCGAGGCGGCAGAGUCUGGGCCCGACAACUUUAUCCUUUUCGGCUCGGAUCGUCCCACCUUCAGGUACAUACCAGACCUCUAGGCAGCUCCGCGUCUACUUCGUCGACAUAUCAAUCCAGCGACGGAUGAUCUCGUCCUCUACACAAUCACACUCCUGCCCUAUUCUGCUCAUCACCCGAAAGGCUCCAGACCUGACAUCCGCCCAGAGGAUAUCAUCUCGACGCCGCCCUCCUGGAUGGGUUCUGUUAGAAAGGCAAUGGCGAGAAGUGAUCGCCGAGUGUGGCUGUCUACGUGUGAUUGUGUGCGUCUGUGUGUAUGCAUGUGUGUGUGUGUGUGUGUGUGUGUGUGAACGACCAAUAAACGGGGACAGUUGUGACUUGUUGUUACUGCGCUCAUUCGAGCUAAAUUCCAGUUCUCCACGUCUCCCCUACCCUCCACCUCUCGUGCCCAGUCUACGUCCUCUCGUCAGCAGUACUCGUUUAUCUUUCUAA